UCCAAGUUUCCGCGGGAUUGAUGGUCAUAAUCACGAUAGCCUUCGGCCGACCGAGACGCAGAGACGCAUCGUCGCAUUGCGAUCGUAAUUCUGCCAGCGGAGAGUCAUAAAACGAGUCUGAAAUCGCGCGGAAUUGCCAUUGCGUUCACGCGAACGGAACGAAACGGAAAGGAAAACGGAAGUGUCGAUCCAGGGGCGCGUAACCACCACGUCACGGCGGGGCAAAUGUUCCCGACGAGCUUUCGCGAGAUACCGCCGCCGAGCAGCACACUUGAGAAGAAACGCCCCCGCCGGCAGGAGCGCAACGCCGCCGGCACCGUCGCCGGUCCGCUUCCGGUACUGCCGGUCGGGCCGUCGCCGUCAUCGCGAUGAAGUAAACACGAUCCAUAGGCCUGUCGACUGCCACAACGAUGCAUCGCGAUUAUUGGCUGUGCCCGCACCCAAGCGCUUAAAACGUAAUCGAUAGUGUUCAACGAUCAACCGUCGCGUCUUGUAUCAAGCGACCUAAAACGCCUCGUCUAAAACGGAAAGCACCGGAAGCGGGAAGCAAGGAGAUACAUUAAAGGGUAUAGAUCGGGGUCAAGAGACGAGGCUGCGAUAGCAGCGAGAACGAAGACGACGCCGACGAUGACGAUACGAUAGGCGAUACUUUAAACGAUAAGGGUCACGAUAGAACGAAUAGUGUGAUCGCGUUGAUAAGCCUUCUCACAUAAAUCAUCGUAUAUACAGGUAAAUACAUACGAGCGCACAAAUAUAUAAGUACGAACAAACGUUUGUAAAUAUUGUAAUACGCAUAUUUAAUUACAACCACGCGCACGCGGGCGUGUCGAUCGACAAGCAAUAAGAGCAAUAAAAAAAAAAGAGAGAAAGAAUAUCGUGUUACACACGUCGGAUAUCUCAGUGAUUCCUGUUAUACUGUGUUCGAAAGAGCUUGUUAGUUCUCGCUAAACCGCUCGACGAGUUUACGCUUAUUUCACCGGGAACGUCGAAAAGAGUGCACCCGACGGCAAGAUGGCAUUCGCCGCAGCGAGGAUGAUCCUCAAGGACAAGCGCAGGAAAGCUAGCAAAGAGGACUUCGCACCGCGAAACAGAAGCAAGGCUCGCAGCGCCAGCACAAGUAGCUUUAGAAGCCUGAGCCAGGCACGCAACAAACCGGCGGAUGGUGUGGGUCAUGUAAAUCAAAAGGGUGCUUCCGGUCAGAAAGCGCCGGUGGCUGGUCAGAAGGUCGCGCCGGGCGCUAAGGGCGCGGCGAAACCGUCCCAGAAACCGUCAGCUCAGAAAGGCCAAGUGAAAGUGACACCCAAGGCGGCCUCCGUGAAGACCGGCAAGAACAAGAAGAAGGGACAACGACAACAGUACGAUCUCAUUGUUACCAUUAACUUGUCCGAAUAUGGACUUACAGAAGAUCAGGUAGCAGAAUUCAAAGAGGCAUUCAUGCUCUUCGACAAAGACGAAGACGGUACGAUUACGAUGGCGGAAUUAGGGGUUGUCAUGCGAUCUCUCGGUCAAAGACCAUCGGAGACGGAACUGCGCGACAUGGUGAACGAAGUGGAUCAAGACGGGAACGGCACCAUUGAGUUUAACGAGUUCCUGCAAAUGAUGUCGAAGAAGAUGAAGGGCGCCGACGGGGAGGACGAACUUCGCGAGGCGUUCCGUGUAUUCGAUAAGAACAACGACGGCUUAAUCUCCUCAAAGGAGCUGCGCCACGUAAUGACGAACCUUGGUGAAAAGCUGUCCGAAGAGGAGGUCGACGACAUGAUCAAGGAAGCGGAUCUAGAUGGCGACGGAAUGGUCAAUUACGAAGAAUUCGUGACAAUUCUAACGUCGAAAAAUUAGUUCGGAGAUCGAUAAAGGGUAGACUCAGAGAUACCAGAAGUGUCGGAGGUUUCCGACGGAGAAAGGAUAAACGCCGCUCAAGUUCCUCGAUUUCCCAGGAUCCGUGAUGAGAGGUCGUUUCACACUCCAUAGAGCUGCGACGCCCAAGAUCGUCGAAAGAAACAUCAAGAACUCAUUGAUGGCUCAUUGCCGAUUAAGCGUUGAGCGUUGAGUAUUUAGGCGAUGCGAAUCGCAUGACACGAGUUGCACGAAAACAUUUCGAUUUUACGAUAUCGCUAAAGCUUUGAGAGACGUGUCGGAGGUUUCGCGAGCGCAAAUAGAGCGCAAGUAGAAAACGCAGAGAAUAUUGAAGGAGUCUUUGUGUCACUCGUCCGUUGCGGGACGCGAGUUUUGCCGCGGAUUCGCUUUGGCUUAGGCCGGAAAAGAGAAGAGACUUUACUUCCGCGAGUUGCACAUACGUACACGCAUAUACAUACAUGCAUAUAUAUGUACACAUAUAUAUACAUAUAUAUACGUAUACAUAUAUCUAUAUAUAUAUAUACACACACAUAACACAAUUCGUGCUCCUUCGGACUAAUCUUACAAUUAAACGAGUAAUUUUAGGCAUAAUGGUAAACGUAAUAUGCGAUAAACAAAGAGAUUAUGUCAAAACGACAGGGGCAGGGGGAGGGGGGUUAGGGGGACGCAACCCGCCGCCACCCGGAACAAUCAACCGAGCUUCGUUUAGACUCUUUUACGUACCUAUAAUCUUUAUCUCCCCCACCGGUAACUUUACGGAGCGAUUUAGAAGUUAACUAGCUUUCCAUGCCCUCUUGAGCGCUCCGGCGAAAAGGUCCUGGAGUAUAUUAGUAUAUAUACAUAUAUACGCGAUAUGUUACACAUAAUAUAUGUAUGUAAGAAUAUAUAUACAUAUAUUAUCGUUAUUAUUAUUAUCAUUACUAUUAUUCCAUUUGUCGUUUUCUUGAAACGCGAUGCCUAUGAAAGGUACCGUACUUCGAGUGUUUUUACCGCUUGUACUACACGCAGAGAGACGCGCGUAAUCCAAACUAUGUAAUCACACACACAUAUAUAUAUAUAUAUACACACACACACACAUACGUCUCCCGUCCAUUUCGUCGCCCCUUCUCAUUCGCCAUCGUCUCCCCGAUUUUCUUAGCGAUUCUAAGAGCGGGGCACGCCGACGACGCACGCUGAUGAGUAAUUGAUACACCCCCGCUUUGGCACGUAGUGAACACGCUUUCAGCGAUCAUUCACGGGUGCCGCUUUCCGUAAUUAGACGUCAUCGGAGUGGACGAGUGCCCUGGUUGAAAACGCGCUUCGAUAGUCGACAUUAAAAAAAAAAAAAAAAAAUUAACUAUGAUAUUCCUGUGGAAACAGCGAAAAGAUUAUUAUUUAUGGGCGAAAUUUGAGAAAGAGUGUUGUCGGGGAAGAGAUUAGCUGACGACUAUUGAGAAGGAAGGUGGUUCGUAUAAUUUAAUGUAUUCUAGAAAUAAUGUUGCGACAAUCGACAAUUCCUAAUUAUCAUCUUCAAUGACCAUAGCUGCUAUCGAUGCGACAACCGGCGGGUAUCUAUAGCCAAUGGCUAUAUGACGGUGGCCUUUGGCAAACGAUAGAAUGAGAGAGAGAGAGACAGAAACAGAGAGAGAGAGAGAGUGAGAAAGAGAAAAAAGAAAACACUACGGGAACAAUUCAACCAGGGUGAUUAUCGCGACGCGUGAUCAUCUCUUUCAUUCCGCGCGUUGGCGAGAGGAGGAGGAUUCCGAAAGAAUAAAGAUACGGCGACGUGUUUACCGCUGUCGCACAAUCACCUGCCAUUACACACCGUCGGCGCUCAAACCCAGAAGCGUGUCUUAUGCUUACACGCGCAUUAUGUCAUGGUAUGUACCUUUAGACGUGUUAUAAGAAAAAAAAAAAUACACACAUCACAGAAAUCCCGCGCGUAGCACGCGACAUAGACGGUAGUAUCUAGUAACCAUAGCGAUAGAUAAAAAACAAAAAAAAAAGAGAGAGAAAGAGAGAAACGGCCGGAAGUGAACGGCGGAGAGCUGUACACGCGGAUUAUUAUAUAUUAUACGUGAUGAUGUUGCUACCAAAAGAAGAAAAAAAAAAAAAA